UGCCUCUCGUUGUGUUCUUUUUUUUAACCUAUCCAUCACUCGCACCCGAACUCAGCCGACCUUGGAGUCCACAAAAGACCCUGCUUUACUUUCUAACUAAAGUGUCUUUUCAAUCGGUGUUCCGCCGAUCGACCUUCUCGUGCGUUCUUUCUCUGCUGCCGUGUCACGACUACACACGUGGAGAGUACACAAACCUCGCUCGCGUUCACACGGGCCAUGGGUCUAAGCCAUGCAUUGUUUGAGCAGGUUUAGCUACCAUCUUAUUAAACAAAAAUGGCUGCUUGGCAGUCCACAUUCAGAGAACAAAUUAUACAACUGUGCAUACCUUGAUUUUUUUUUUUCUUAAAUCAUUGUUUUUUUCUUGUGGGUUUUUUGAAAGCCAAUGUCAUCAUUAUUCUUUAGUAUAGAAGUUUGUGUGUUAGUAUAUAAAUGUUCAUAAUGUAAAUGUAUAUGCAGACAUUUAGUUAAAAGGAAACAUGUGUUACUGCUUGAGCAUUCAUUUAGCCUGGGCCUUUAUGAUAUGACUUUUGAUAUUGGGAUGUUGAGGUCUUAUGAUGUGUUCAUGGCAGGGUUGAUUCGACUCAAGUGGGAGCUGGGUCCACGAUUUGGAGGAGCUGAGGAAGCAAAACUUAACAGAAAAUUUAUCUAUAACAGAUUUCUUCCCUUUCAGACAUAUCAAGACAAAGAUGGAUUUGCUAGUUGCUGUUUCAGUGCAGAUGAGAAGUUUCUGGUGCUGGGGACAUUUUCUGGUGACCUCAAGCUGAUAAACAUGUCCACUGGAGAGGAGGCAAGUAGCUUGAAUUGUCACAACUCAUCCAUCAUCCACCUGGAACCAUCACAGGAUGGGAAGCUGUUGUUAACGUCAUCUUGGGGCAUCAGUGAAGACUCGGCAAUGUGGACAAUUGGUGAAAUGCUGACCUACAAGUGACUUUUGAUCUUAGGCCUGGUAAAACCACAUGUGAUAGAGCACAAAAAGUUACAUUUCAUCCGCUUUCAUUGAAUUAAUGAAUUGUUUACUUGAAAUCAAAUCUGCUUGUACACCUGUAGAAAGGUGAAAGUCCUUGUUUAUCUAUAACAGAUAUCUGUAAUUAAAGUAUUAAAAAUAUACCUGAAAUUUUAAAAACUGUUUUUAUAUCUGUAGAUUACUUUUUCCAUAGAUGCACAUUUGAUGAACAUCUUUUAGAAUUCAGCAAAUUAACGCAAGACCGCAUCGUGGGAA